AUGCAAUACAUACUCAAUCUGUUGGGUCCAUUUGCUCGACUGAAAGUGUUCCAGGAGAUCGUGUGGUUCGUUAGUCCACAUCAGCGUUUGGACCAAGUGGAUGAGUUUAUAAUGCGAAUGGAUGAGGCCUUUGGAGAGACCGCCACUCAGACGGUGGUGAAUAACAAUACGGAGAUGCGAAUGUUACACUCGUCGGCCCGCAGGAACCACAUGAGCUUUGUGUUCACCACUGGAGCCGAAGAUCCGAUUAUGAAGGUGUUCAGCAAGGUCCUGCUCGGGCGCCACUUCUACUUCUCGAUGAUAAUGUAUGUGGACAAAGUGGGCAACAUGCAGCCAAUCAAUGAACUGCUGCUCUUUGCCUACAACCAGCAGUUCAUGAACUCCAUGAUUUACUUCGAGUCCGAGGAGGGAAUUAACCAGCUCUUUGGCGUCUCCAAGUUCCCCUCCAUGACAUUCGAGAACCGCACCGAUUUUUUGAGGUUCAUCGGAAAGGUUUGGAAGAAGGUUUUGAACGCCCGCUCAGAUGUAGGUGGCUUCGAAUUUGCCACGCCUUUGCGCCAGGACCUGCCACAUCUCUUCCAAUCGCAAGGACAUUAUGAUGGGAGUACCUACCGGAUCAUCGAUACAUUUGUGAAAUUCAUCAACGGUGGCUUUGCGGAGCUUAUAAUGCCACCAGAUACUCUUGGUGGGCAGGUGAUCAACAUGAAGGAGGCCCUGCAAUUGGUUCGAGAUCGCAAGAUGGAGUUCUGUGCCCAUGCCUACGCCCUGUUCAUGCCCGACGAGGAGUUGGAGAAGACAUAUCCCCUGCUGGUGGUGCAGUGGUGUCUAAUGGUUCCCCUCUACAACAGUGUGUCCACGUACUUCUAUCCACUGCAGCCUUUCGCCUGGAAUGUGUGGUUCUUCGCAUUGGGAGCUCUUGUUGGACUGGUUCUCCUGGAAUUGAUGUGGCUCAGGUUGUUUGGUGGAUGGUGGUCAGGCCUUCAAGGCACCCUUUUAGACUCUUUUUGCUACAUCAUCAAUGUGCCCACCGAGGGGCAGUUACAACAGCCCUGCCUCCUUCGCUUUCUCCUCCUGGUCACCGUGUUUUUCCAUGGAUUCUUCCUGUCCGCCUACUACACCUCCAAUUUGGGCAGCAUUCUGACCGUGACUCUCUUCCACGCCCAGAUAAACACAAUGGAUGACAUAGUGAGUGCCCAGUUGCCCGUCAUGAUAAUUGACUACGAGAUGGAUUUCCUCUUGAAUCUGAACAAGGAGCUGCCCGAAGAGUUUCUGAAACUUCUACGACCCGUCGAUUCGGCCAUUUUCUCAGAGCACCAGACGAGAUUCAACAGCUCCUUUGCCUAUUUCGUCACCGAGGAUCACUGGCAGUUUCUCGACGAGCAGCAGAAGCAUCUGAAGCAGCGCCUCUUCAAACUAAGCGGCAUCUGCUUCGGUUCCUACCACCUGGCCUUUCCCCUCCAGAUGGAUUCAUCCCUGUGGCGGGACAUCGAGUACUUCACAUUCCGCAUCCACUCAUCCGGGUUGCUCAACUUCUAUGCCCGCAGCAGCUUUGGAUCGGCCCUUCAUGCCGGUUUGGUCGAGCGAUGGCCAGAGAGUCGGGAGUACACGUCCGCCGGACUGCAGCAUCUGGCCAUUGCCUUUAUCCUUCUACUGGUGAUGAGCAUCUUAGCAGGGAUUGUGUUUGUUCUGGAAAGGAUCUCUAGGGCCAAUGAGGGUUUUCUUUUUUAUUAUCAAUGA